UCGUCCUUUUCAAACAAUUUCCCCAAAAAUAUCGACUUUUUUCUUUUGGGUAAUUCUUUGCGCUGCCUCCCGUCGUUCGCCUCCUCCUGGUGGUGGCGUUUCUUUCUUCCAUAAUACUGUUAAUACAUAUUUAUUAGUUUCGCAAGAUUUAAUUGGCUGAAUAACUUACUCAGCCGCCGCCGCAGAUCUGUUUUUGUACUUCUAACAAACAAACAAGAAAAUUCAGAGGAUAAUAUUAAAAGCAAACUGGAAAUUUUAGGAGGAAAAUUUAUCUUCGUCGUUCUUUAAGAUUCUUGGGGGAUUUUUUUAAUAAAAAAAUUGAGAGAAAUGGAUUUGGAUCAGUGGAUAACAAAGGUGAAGGAAGGGCAGCAUCUUUUGGAGGACGAGCUUCAGCUUCUCUGCGAAUACGUGAAAGAGAUCCUUAUUGAGGAGUCCAAUGUGCAGCCCGUCAACAGUCCUGUCACUGUCUGUGGUGAUAUUCAUGGCCAAUUUCACGAUCUUAUCAAGCUUUUCAAUACUGGAGGUCAUGUUCCUGAGACUAAUUAUAUUUUUAUGGGAGAUUUUGUCGACAGAGGUUAUAACAGUCUCGAAGUUUUCACUAUUCUUUUGCUUCUUAAAGCCAGGUACCCAGCCAAUAUUACACUUUUGCGUGGAAAUCAUGAAAGUAGGCAGCUGACUCAGGUAUAUGGUUUCUAUGAUGAGUGCCAGAGGAAGUACGGUAAUGCAAAUGCAUGGCGGUAUUGUACUGAUGUCUUUGAUUAUUUAACACUCUCAGCAAUUAUAGAUGGCACUGUGCUUUGUGUUCACGGCGGCCUCUCUCCUGACAUUCGAACAAUUGAUCAGAUAAGAGUAAUUGAACGCAAUUGUGAGAUCCCACAUGAAGGGCCAUUCUGUGAUCUAAUGUGGAGUGAUCCUGAAGAUAUUGAAACAUGGGCAGUUAGUCCACGAGGAGCAGGCUGGCUUUUUGGAUCCAGGGUUACUUCUGAGUUCAAUCACAUUAAUAAUCUUGAUCUGGUUUGUCGGGCACACCAACUUGUACAAGAAGGUCUUAAAUACAUGUUUCAAGAUAAAGGCUUAGUAACCGUUUGGUCUGCUCCAAAUUAUUGCUACCGUUGUGGGAAUGUAGCUUCUAUCUUGAGCUUCAAUGAGAACAUGGAGAGAGAGGUGAAGUUUUUCACAGAAACAGAGGAGAACAACCAGAUGAGAGGGCCAAGGACAGGAGUUCCAUAUUUCUUAUGAUGAGGGAAUCAUUUGCUGAAUUAUUAAGUGUAAAAUUGUGCCUACUUGAAGGGAAUUGUAAUGGAAAGCCAAUAGAGUACAUCUACAAUUUACAUGUUUUGUUGCAGGUGGACCUUGGGUGGACAUUUUCCAUUCACUUAAAAAGGCUGCUUUUUAGGGUUUGUGGCUUGUGUAUUAGAAUUCUUUACAGUUACACUGUUUUGUUUUUAAUGUUAUUAGAAGUCAUUUCCUUUU